AUGAACAUUCCACGUUGCUAUGCGUCUCAUUGCAACGCGGACUUAGACCAAUCUGAGCUGGAGCUACACGUCUUUGCUGAUGCCAGCGAGUUAGCUUACGCGAGUGUCGCGUACUGGCGUAUUUUGGAUUCAAACGGUAAAGUCAAAUUAUCCUUCAUUGCAGCGAAGUCACGGGUCACUCCACUCAGGCCAGUCUCGAUGCCGCGUCUGGAGCUGCAGGGUGCUCUGCUGGCCGCACGCCUCGCGGCCACUAUACUGGCGGAGCACAAUCUGCGACGUAACAAGCGCGACAGUAAAUGCGGUGCCACGCCGCCUUGCUCGCCGGAGUGUGGGGAAGCGGGGAGCGGGGGCACAGAAGGCGAGGGCGAGCGGCGCGCGCGCACGUCGCUGGCGCCCGAGGACAACCUCGUGUGGGUGUCCGUGCACACCAGGGACCCGCAGCACCCGCUGUUCGAGGAAAAGUUCAAUAAGAUAACGAAGUUGACAAAGGUGGAGUUCAACUGCCUGAACCUGGUGGUGAGCGCCGACAGCUGGGUGGCCGUGCUGGACUUCUUCGGCGUGGCCGGCGACGACCUGCCCGACGACGAGCCGCCUCCGCCGGAGCCGCCCAAAAAUGCCAACAACGUGGCAUCCAACUCAAGCAGCCAAUCGGAUGCUUCGACAGAGGUGGGGAUAACGCAAACCGAGAUAUCAGUGCGUUCGCUCAGCGUGGUGGUGGUGCGCGGCGCCGACGAGUGGUGUCGCGCGCGCGUGUCCCGCGUGUGGGUCGCCUCCACCGCCGCGCCGCCGGGGGCGCCGGGGCCCGGGGGCGCGGGGCCCACGGGGGGCACUCGAGAGCUGCGCGGACGACUGGGCGCGCUGCGGCUCACUGACUUGUCGCCCCGGCAUGCGCUGUGGAGAGACAGGUUCAGGACGCACGGCGAUGAUGCACUAACAUUCCAUUACCAAAGACUGAGCAGCGCGGAGGCAGCGGCGGCGGGGCACGAGUGCAGCGUGCAGGUGGACGUGGGCGCGUGCACGUACGUGCACACCAAGCGCAUGCUGCACGAGCUCUACGCCAUCGCGCGCGACUUUAGCGCGCUGCGCCGCGUCAUCCUGCAGGCGCGACGGAAGGUGUCUUACAGCACGGGCGGGUCGGGGCGCACGGCGCGGCGCGCGCUGCGCGUGCGCGUGGAGGCGCCGGUGAUCGUGCUGCCGGUGUCGCCGCGCGCGCGCGCCGCGCUGGCCGUGCAGCUGGCCGAGCUGCGCCUCGACAACCGCUUCGCGCGCGUCGGCGACGUCGGCACCGUCAGCACCGUGCCCGACACAUACACGGGCGAGCCCGAGGUGCUGGACGUGCGCAGCGCGCGGCUGGAGGGCGCGUCUCUGUGGUGCGCGACGGCGGGGGCGGGCGCGGGCGGGGGCGCGGGCGGCGGGCGCGGGCUGCGCGUGGUGCGGCGCGGCCCGCCGCUGCUGCAGGCGCCCGCGCACCUCGCCUUCACCAUCGAGCACAACGUCACGCAGCGCUCCAAAGCGGUGGCCGAUAUGACGGUGCAGGGCACGCUGACGACGCUGCAGUGCGCGCUGGACGCGGCGCAGUACCGGCUGGUGCGCGGCGUGCUGGCGCACAACCUGGGCGAGCCGCUCGACGACCUCGAGCUGCCGCCCGCGCCCCAGGCCGGCGACCAGCCCGCCGACCAGGUGUGGGUGACGAGCUCGCUGAAGCUGGACCUGCACGACGUGUCGCUGCGGCUGGCGCCGGCGGGCGCGGCGGCGCUGGCGUGCGUCAACUUCAUCAAGUCGCGCCUGCUCGUCGAGACCUACUCCGACCUCAGCCAGGACAUCGACCUCGUCUCGCAGGAGAUCCUGGUGAGCGACACGCGGUACGCGCGCGAGCCGGCCAACCGGCGCGGCAACGUGUUCAGCCACAUCGUGCAGCCCAUGGCCGAGCAGCGCCACAGCGUGCAGGCCGAGGUGCAUGCGAGGAAACGCGGCGACUCGUCCGCGUACACGAUCCUGGUGAACAACAUGCGUCUGAUGGCGAUCCUGGACUGGUGGGAGGCCGUCAACCAGUUCAUCAUGCAGCCGCCCGCGCCCAGCGCAGACCCCGACCAGGCGCGAUUCGACGAGGCAGCCAACGCGUCUCGGCAGCCGAGCGCACCACAUACGCCGGGCGCGCGGGGGGCGGCGGGGGCGGCGGGCGCGGGGGAGGCGCAGAUGGAGCUGAAGCUCAACGUCACCGACUCGCAGCUCGUGCUCGUGGAGGACGCCUCCGUGUGGGACACCAACGCCGUCAUACUCAGGAGCACCACGGUGAUCACGUACCGGCUGUCGGACCCGCUGAAGCCGGUGUCGUGCGAGCUGAACGAGCUGGAGGUGUUCUCGUGCGUGCUGGGGCUGGAGGAGGAGACGGCGCUGUCCAUCGUCGACCCCGCCGCGCUGCACGUCGCGCUGCACGCCGACCGCGUGCUGCACGUGGCGAUGGGCACACUGAAUCUGCGGCUGUCAUACCACGACAUGCGUAUGUUCGCUGCUAUGCUACAGUCGCUGCCGGCACAGGCGAGGGCGGCACUGUCAGGCAAGGUGGUCCCGAGCGCGUCGGAGGAGGACGCGCCCGCCAACAGCGUGCACAUGCGCGCCGGCGCCAACCCCGUGCUGGGCGCCGGUGCCUGGGCCGUGUACGCGCCGCGCUGGCUGCGCGCGCCCGAGCCCGCGCCGCCGCCGCCGCCGCCGCCCGCCAGCUCCUCCAUAUGGCCGCUACGCGCCAUACAGGUUAACGCUGAAUGUAUAACAUUGUGCGUCAUCGACGAUUGCUUGGACUCGGAUGUGCCGCUACUCGAAGUUUCUCUGGCAGAAUUAAAAGUUGAGCAGGAUCUCCGCAAAGAGGAGGAGGGCCUGGAGGACCCGCUGCUGGUGUCGACGCCGGCGGGCCCCGCGCCCGCGCCGCCGGGGGCGCCGGGCCGGGGGCGGGGCGCGGGCGGGGGCCGCCUGGCCGCGCUGCUGGCCGCCGACUACUACAACCGCCUGCUGUCCGGCUGGGAGCCCGUCAUCGAGCCCUGGAGAUUUGAAACAACAUGGGAGAAUACACUGACGAGCGAACUAUCGCCAGGGCGCGUGCAGGUGCAGCUACGCUCGGGCGACACGCUGCACGCCAACGUCACCACCGCGCUCAUGGAGCUGGCGCAGCUCGUGCGCGCCAACUGGACCGCCGACUACUACGCGCCGCAGGCGGUGAACACGUCGGAGCAGUCGCCCAAGGGCAGCCCGGCGGGGCACCGGCGCCGCUCGCCCUUCGUGCCCUACGCGCUGCGCAACCACACCGGACACCGCCUAUGGUUCACCACGCUCCUGACUACGGCUGACGAGUUGUGCGAGUCGCACGCGUGGUCGGGCCCGGACGACUCGUGGGUGUGCGUGCGCGCGGGCGACACGGAGCCGUUCUCGUUCGGCGGGCGGCGCGCGCGGGCCCGCCUGGCGCCGCCGCCCGCGCCCGACGCGCCCGCCACGCUGCACCAGCUCGCGCUGCGCCUGGACGGCUGGGCGCCGCCCGACCCCGUCUGCGUCGACCGCGUCGGCGUCUACUUCCGGCACAUCACGCAUGCGAAAACCGGUGCAACGGCGCGUAUCGUACUAGAAGUAUGCCUGGAGGGUUCGGCGCGUAAGCUGGUGACGGUGCGCUCGGCGCUGGUGCUGCGCAACACGCUGCCGCACGCCGUCGAGGUGCGCGUGGACUACGCGCCGCCCACUGCGCAAUGGAGCGGCAGCGGCGUGCGCGUGGCGCAGGUGGAGCCGGGCGCGAUGUGGGCGGCGCCGCUGGCCGCCGACCCCGGCGCGCUGUGGACGCGGCCCGUGCUGCGCGCCGCCACCCCGGCCGCCGGCCACGCCCCGCCGCCGCCGCCGCCCGCGCCCGCCGCCAUCGACUGGCGAGCGGCGCCCACGCAACGCGCGCUGCUGCAUUACGAGUGCCGUGCGCCGCCUGACCAUGUAUACAGGUUUUGCUGCUCGAUAGUCCGCGAGCGGUUCCCGGCGGAGCGCGGGCCGGCCAUCGCGGGGCACACGCUGACGCUGGUGCCGGCGCUGCGGCUGGAGAACCUGCUGCCGCUGGAGCUGCACUACCGCGCCGCCGGCCCGCCCGCGCCCGCGCCGCCCGCCGCGCCCGCCGCCGGCGUGGCCGGCGCGCUCGCCUCGGGCCACACGCGCUCCUUCCACGAGCUGAACGUGGAGGAGGGCGUGGAGCUGUGCGUGAAGCUGGAGGGCUUCGGCUGGUCGUCGGCGCUGAGCGUGGGCGGCGCGGGCGCGGGCGCCGCCUUCACCGCGCGCCUCAAGCUGCGCGACGCGCGCGCGCGCCGUCUCUACCUCAACGCGCGCGUCACCAGCACCAACACCGCCGGCAUCAAGGUGUCGGUGAGCGCGGCGUACUGGCUGGUGAACCGCACGGGGCUGCCGCUGGUGUUCCGCGCGGAGGGCGCGGCCAGCGAGGCGGCGGGGCAGGGCGCCGAGCACGAGCUGGCGCGCGUGGUGGCGCCGCUGCUGUUCUCCUUCGCCUCCGCCGACGGCGGGCCCACGCUGUCCGCGCGCCUGGGCACGGGCCGCGCCACCAACCCCGAGUGGUGCUCGCCGUUCGGGCUGGGCCCGGGCGUGGCGGUGAAGCGACUCGUGAGCCGCGGCGGCGAGGGCGCGGACGACGAGCGCGAGUACACGGUCGGCGUGAGCGUGCGCGCGGGCCGCGGCCGCUACCGGCACACCAACAUCGUCACGCUCACGCCGCGCUACCAGCUGCACAACAACUCGCCCUACCGCCUGCAGUUCGCGCAGCACUGCACCGCCACCGAGCUGGCGGACCCGGGCGCGGAGGCGACGCACGUGACGGCGGUGGCGGGCUGCUGGCUGCCGUGGCACUGGGCGCGCGCCGACAAGCCGCGCCUGCUGUGCGUGCGCGUGCUGGGCGCCGACGGCCCGCGCACGCACUGGUCCGGGCCCGCGCGCGUCGACGCGCACCGCGCGCUGCACCUCGCCUGCAGGGAGAUCGGCGGCGUGGCGGGCGGCGGGUCGGCGGGCUACCUGCUGGUGCGCGCGGAGGUGGUGAGCGAGGCCGCGUCGCUGUUCGUGCUGCUGAGCGACGCCGCCGCCGCGCCGCCGCCCGUGCGCAUCGACAACUACGCGCCCGUCUCCAUCAUGUUCCACCAGGUGGGGUGCUCGGAGGAGAGCGUGGUGGGCGCGCACGGGCGCGCGCGCUGGGCGCUGCCGCUGCCGGAGGGCGAGCGCGCCGUGCUGCUGCGCGCGCCGGGCGGCACGCGCGCCACGCUGCAGCUGGACGCGCUGCACGCCGCGCCGCAGCGCCUCUUCUACCAGAACUUCAUCUACGUCGCCAUAGCCGCGCCGCACAGAGAAAAUGCAAGUAAAUCAGCUCCAGAAAGUGAAGAUAUUCUAGUCUUAGAAGUUCCCCUGGGAUCUACAAAAGUUAUUCUUGGGAAAAAGAGAUACGGAGACAGAUCUCAACUAUGGAGGCGAGGACCCAACGAGCAGCUAAUCCACGAAGGCAGCUCACCUCCCCAACCUACUGAUGCUUUGUUAGCUGAUGAGCAGACGAUAUCACCCCAUGCCAUGGUGCUGGACAUCGAGGAGGCGGCGCCGCGGCCGGGCGUGGCGGCGGCGCUGGUGGUGCGGCGCGCGGACGUGCGGCGCGCCUCCACGCAGGCCUGGCGCCUGGCGCCCGCCGCCAGCGCCCACGCGCGCCGCAUGACCUGCGCACACGCUAACUUGUGCGUGCGUCCCGCCGCGCCGCAGGGGCUCGUCCCGGGUAACCGCGUGGUGCUGGCGCUGCCCUCGUCAGAAGCCCGCGAGAGCACAAGCGCGGCGAGCGUGUCGUGGCACACGCUGCGGCCGGGCUCGGGGCGGCUGGACGUGUCGCUGCACGCCGCCGGGCCCACGCGCGUGCUGCGCGUGCACGACACGCACGCGCCGGAAUGCGACUGGAUCGAGGAGAGCGAGGAAGACGGCGAGGGCAGCAGCCCUGGCGCGCGGCGUCGCGAGUGGGGCGUGUCGGCGGCGCUGGCGGGGCUGGCGCUGUCGCUGGUGUCGCGCGCGCCGCCCGCCGAGCUCGUGCACGCCGUGUUCGCCGGCCUCGCCGCAGACCUCGCCAUCGGGGAGAACGUGUCGCUCGCGCUGGCCGUGCGACACAUGCAGUUCGAUAACCAGCUGCUGGGCACGCCGAGCCCGGUGCUGCUGUACUGCCUGCCGGAGCGCGGCGGCGCGGGCGCGGCGCCGGCGCUGCACGCGUCGCUGGAGGUGGUGGGCGGCGUGCAGAAGCGCUACAACGCCAUCUUCUUCAAGCACAUCGUCGUCGCGCUGCGCCCGCUGGCCAUCCGCCUCGAGGAGAGGCUGAUCCUUCAACUAUGGUGGUGGGCGGCGGGCGGCGAGGAGCAGGGCGCGGCGGAGGGCGCGGACGAGGCGGAGCACGAGGCGCGGCGGCUGCAGGCGCGCGGGGCCGCGCUCGGGGCGCCGCGCGUCUACGCCGGCCUGCUGCAGCUCGUGCCCGGCCAGAUCCGGCUGUCGAUGAUGACGGCCAGCAAGCUGGAGGGCAGCCUGGCGACGCUGAAGCGGCGGCUGGGGCUGACGCUGAUCAAGUUCGAGGACGCGUGCGUGGAGCUGGAGCCCUUCGUGCGCGCGCACGCCUUCGACACCGCCGCGCACCUCGCGAGACACGCGCUCGCGCACUUCAAGGACGAACUAAAAUGGCAAGCGGCGAAGAUCCUGGGCUCGGUGGACUUCCUGGGCAACCCGCUGGGCUUCGUGGCCGACGUGUCGGAGGGCGUGUCGGGGCUGCUGCUGGAGGGCAACGUGGGCGCGCUGCUGCAGAACGUCACGCACGGCCUCUCCAACUCCGCCGCCAAGGUCACCGAGUCCCUGGGCGACGGGCUGGAGCGCGUGGUGAGCGACGAGGCGCACGAGGAGACGCGGCGCCGCAUCCGCAGCGGCGCGGCCGGCGCGCACCUCGCCGCCGGCUUCCGCGGCCUCGGGCUCGGCAUACUCGGCGGCAUGACGUCACUGGUGAAGCACAGCUACGAGGGCGCGGCGGCGGAGGGGCUGCCGGGCUUCCUGGCGGGCGUGGGCAAGGGGCUGCUGGGCACCGUGACCAAGCCCGUCAUCGGCGUGCUGGACCUGGCGGCCGAGACGGCGUCGGCGCUGCGCGACACCAGCCGGCGCGCCGACCGCUGGCUGCCGGCGCGCGUGCGGCCGCCGCGCUGCGUGCUGGGCGCCGGCGGGCUGCUGCCGCGCUACUGCGCCGCGCAGGCCCAGGGCGCCGCGCUGCUGCACGCGCUCAACCGCAACGACUACGCCGAGCGCUUCCUCGCCUACCGCCUCGUGCGCGACCGCCCGCACGACAUCCGCGCGCUGCUGUCCGACUCCUACCUGCGCAUCUUCACGUGCAAGCACGGCGCGCCGCAGGUCGUCAUGGAGACGCACCUCGGCAACCUGGUGUCCUGCUCCACGGUGACGGUGGACGGCGCGCACUACGUGGAGCUGGGCGUGCGCGGCGGGGCGGGCGGGGCGGGCGCGGGCGCGGGCGCGGGCGAGGCGGUGCGGCGGCCGCGCGUGCAGUGCGACUCGCGCGCGCUGGCCGCGUGGGUGGCGCGCCACGCCGCCUACGCGCGCCAGCUCUACUACGAGCGCGAGCUCACGCUGCUCGACCACACCGACCUGUGAGCUCGGGACCGCGCGCCCGCCGGGUGGACUUGGCACCUAGACGGGUGGUAGAACUUGACAUAUCCCGAAUAUAUUGACGAAAGCCUCGAUUGACAUGAUACGAAUACGUGAUUUGAUAGCAACGGAAAACUGAACUUCCGCAUCCAUGUAGACGAAAAAAGCCUACCGGGCUUAUAAAGCGUUUAGCGCUUAGCGAAAGAUCCCGGAAAAAAAAUAUCAUUCGGUACCAAAAAACCUCACAUUUUUAUGCUGCCCCCAUUCCGUUACUUUUCAAGUUAGUUCUCAUGGUUCUACAGACUUAAAUAAAUUGCGAAACAGAACGAUUACCGAAAAAUAUUGCCUAUUUACUGAGAAGCUAUUAAGAGCUUCUUUUUACAUGCAAAUAAUUUGUUACUUAAUAUUAAAGUUUAUAUUAACGUAUUUAAUGUAACCAUAUUUAUAUAACCUGUCCAACUGAAUUUACUUACCUCGUUUAGUAGUUGUAUAAAAGACUGACACAUUAGUUAUACGCAAAAGACGUGAAGUAGUGAUACAAGUAGUUGUAACAAAUUGCCGCGAAACGAAUUAUCGAGUGUUAGAAUGAUCAUCUUUAGCGGCCACACACGGGUCAUUUAAUAUACUUUUUAAGAGGAGAUUGCAUAGAAUGGUAUUCGCAAUGUCUGGCGUGCGUCAAUUGUGUGACGUUUGUGUAAAACACGGGCUGGCUUGCAGGCUUCUGCGGUCUUACAAAUUCAAAUGUCUCACUUUCGGGCACGUUUCGCAGCAAUACACCUUAUGACCCAUUUUUGACGACGGUUUCGAACCUAUACUCAAAAUAGUCAAUAAUUUGCUCAUUAAGAACAAUUCUUAAUUGUGAAUUUCCCGCCACGCCCCCUCGCGCCCGUGUGGGCCGCGACAUUGUGAUAUUGCGGCCGUAGUGAUCAUGUGCACCUGAUAGCGUAAGAUUAUUAUUAUUAGUUGAAUAUUUCACUUUGUAAAAAUCUCUAAUUAUUUACUUAUACAAUAUCCCGUUUAUAAUAUUAGAGUAUACUGUUAAUAACCUUUUUCAAUAUUUACGAAUAUCACAUUCUUAUCUAAUUUAGAAUUUAUUAAUGUAAAAAAUCAUGUUUAUAAACCAGUCUACAUCGUUGAUAGAUCAAAAAUGCUACCAAUAGGAUUUAAUAAAUAUCAAUUGUUAAUACUGUUUGUACUUCGUAAUCAAAUAAAGACUAAAAACGCAUCUAA